AUGGCCACUGCUGCUGCCAAAGAAUCCAGACAGCUGGUUACUCUCGCCGUUGUCGGUUGCGGUGAGCAUGGUAAGCUCUCUCAGAACCUCGCAAGAACACGACUCAGUCAUUCGCCCAGGCGCACAAACUCGACAGUGCACUCGUGUUCGACCAUUGACAGGACCUUUACAGCAUCCGCUAAGACCAUUGAAACACCAGGAAGGAGGUUGGUCGAUGCUGUUAUCGUUACCGCCCAGCACAAUAUGCACCGAGAUGUCGUACUGGCAUUUGCGGCACAGGGUUACCGCAUAUUGCGCGAGAAGCCCCUGGCGACCACUGCGCGAGACUGCUUCGACAUGGAGGUUUUUCGACGUUUGGUACCGAUCCAACUCACAUCAGACGAAGACCAAGUCGGGGGCAAAUCCCUUCCCCUCCCCGCUCAAACGCCUUCUACUGGCGAUGAAGUGGAGAAACCAGAGUCGGACGGCUUCCAUCGGUCUGGAACAAUGAGAGUGACUCCUGUCGACUUAGGGGUUCACUUCAGAACCAACUCGCCGAACAUUGCCGAACCAAUCGCUUACUCUGAGGGCCGUGGUGCCCGCCCAAAUUACAAACUCCGACGCGCGACCUGGCGCGGACUGAGGGACCAGUGUUUCUCGAGCUGUUAA